CGGCGACAGAAGCUUCCCCCGUUUCCCACGCCCUCGGAAAACCCGCGAAGAUGAGAUAGGAGGACCACGCGUGCGGCCGCGCUGUCGAUCCCAGUCCCAGCCGCUAGCGGGGAACCGCGGCCACGCCUGCGGAGACCGAUCCAAAAACGUGCGCCAAGGGCCGGCGUGAGAAACCACGGUGGUUCCUCCGUGAUCCAAACGUGCCGAAAGGUUGCCCCCCUAUCCGGGGGCUCCUCUAUCCAUCUUUAUAACCCUACCCCACGCGCGGCUCCCACGCAGCAUCCAAAUCCAGAAGCACCCCUCCUCCGGCAGCUCAUUUGCUCCGUCGUGUGCGUCAAUCAAAGACGCCAUUUCCUUCGUGCUCCUUCCUGUUCAUUCCUUUCCUUGAAACCCUUUUCCCCGUAAAGCUCUCCGCUGCGCGUACUUCGAAUGGCCGUCGGAGGAGGCGUGUGCGUGGCGUCGCCCUCGUCCUCGCCGUCGUCGUCGGUUGAGGCGCCGUGGGGGACGAGGAGGACGAGGACGACGACGACGACGAGCGGGGCGCGACGCGGCGCCGCGGCGGCGGCGACCAGCGUCAGGUGCAGCAUCGUGGGCGAGGCCGGCGGGCCGGGCGCCUCCGGCAGACUGGCGGAGGACCCUUACCGGACGCUGCGGCUGCGCCCGGGCGCCACCCGCGGCGAGGUCAAGAAGGCCUUCCGCCGCCUCGCGCUCAUGUACCAUCCGGACGUUCGCAAGGAGAAGGGAAGGGAAAGCGACGGCGUCAGCGACGUCCAAUUCCAGAGGAUUAACGUGGCGUAUCAGAUGGUGAUGAGCAGCAUGAGGGAGGCCGACGAGCGGCUGGAGUACUGGCGGCUCAAGUACGGCCUCACCGACGAGGAUCUCGACAGGUACAGGCACCACCUCAACCAAGAACACGGUGACGACGACUGGUUCGACAUGUGAAGCAGCCAAUCGGUAGACAAGGAUUUUAUGUACAUAAUAACCCUGUUUAUCCGCAUUGACCCGAUUAAAUUCUUGUUGCCAUUGCGGAGGCACCAACGGUAAUUUGGUCGGCGUUGUGUAUAUUGAAUACCUCUCCCCAUGUUUUAUAGCGGGUGAAGGGAUACAGUUAGACUAAAAGUGUAGUGUCAUUUGUGUUUCAGAAACAUGGGAGAAACCCCACUUCUUGUUUAUAUACUGUACAAAGAUUUAGUUGAUCUUAAUCAUGUCUGCAAGUGCUAUGUUCAUGCUUGGCGAUUUUUAUGAACC